AUGACCAUCCUGCAACCUGGUCAUAUGAAGAAAAUGAGCUCAUGUUUCGAGAUCUCUCUCAACAGCGACCACCAACUCCAGCGGGCCUCUCGUCUCUCAAAGUGGAUCCAGGGACUCCCGGGGGAAGCGGGAUUGUCCAGACCCACAGACCCACAGAUGUCUCGUCCAAUCGACAGAAAAGCAGUGAAACUCCGAGAAGAGAAUGUAAAUAACUCACCGGAAGUACCAUCCGUUUCUCUCACCGGAGCCACCAGCCUCACAAUUGUUGAUUUGCUCGUUCAGAUAAGCAACGCACUGAGACGAACUAAGGCUUCCCCCAGUGGUGGCCUUGCGCUGAAGCCAGAACUCGGAUUUAUUCUUGCCGAAGGGAAGGUUGAAGCAGCCAUACUUUGUUUGACCAGCGCGGUAGCCACCUUGGCCGCCGGAACCUGUGCACCACUUGCCGGCAUUGUCGAUGGCGGCGUUGUGGUUGUCACCCCAUUUCUUGCCGCCGGAGCAGCCUCGCUGGACGAGAUUUUGGUCUUCAACGGGCGAGGCCGAGGCAACGCCCAUUGCAAGGAGGGCAGUGAAAAGGUACGAAAGCUGCAUAUUGGGGUUGUGGGUAGGCAAUGGUUUUAA